ACACAUUCAGUCGUGCGCGAGUCGUCUUCCAUACCGGUUCACCGAGGUUGCACGUACAGCUCUGUCCUCGGCAGCGCUUUUUGGCAACUGCUUUCAUUCAUAAAACCCAUUCUUGUUCUCGCAUCGCAAGGGAAACGCACGUUAUCGAUUUUCGUGGACGACUUCUCACUCCCUCCCAUCAGAGUGCCACCAGUCGGGUGUGACAGUAAUAGCCAACGAGUUUUAUGAGAUCUCUUUGGUGUUUGGAAGAUAAAUAAACACAACAAAGUCGUGGUGCAUCAGCGGAAUAAGAUUUUCGGGUUGCACUUGGCUUGGAAUUGCAGCGCGACCUCGAAAUUCCGAAUCACAUCAUCAUAGUGUAAUGAAGAAUAGCAGAGGUUGUCAUCUAGAGUGGUGUUCGUUCCAGAAGAACCAGUGAAUGGAGAGAAAUAAUCUUGAACCCAGUGUUAGCAUAAAGAAGUCGCAGUUAUAUGUCGAGUUCGUGAUUUUUAAGUUUGAAUAAAGUGCAUAGAAUAUCACACAAUCAUGAAUCUCAGUCAAUCUCUAACCAUGUCGUCAUCGCUAGCGCUAGUUCUGUUAAUGCUCACAUUCCACAAUGCCAGCGCGGAGCUGUUCACAGCGCUGGCCGAUAUGGAAGAACUCUUGGAGACUGAAUCCGUUCUGAUAGCAAAUUUAGAUAACUACAUCCGAGUGCAAGAGGAUAAACUGAAUCAGCUGAGGAGGAGAAGCGCCGAAUACCAAAGGGAGCACACAGAGGCCGCCAAAGAUGUCGGUACAUAUCUAUCCAAUCCGGUGAACGCAUUCCUACUGACAAAACGACUCACGACGGAUUGGCGCGAAGUGGAAAACCUCAUGUCGUAUGAUGUGGGGUCGGAAUUCCUGGAGAACGUCACCAACUACAGAGACGUUCUCAAAUUCCCCUCCGAUGAAGAUCUCAACGGAGCAGCGGUGGCUCUGAUGCGAUUGCAGGACACCUACAAACUAGACACAGCUUCCGUUGCUCGAGGAGAACUAAAUGGGAUCCAGUACAGUACGGAGAUGACGGCCGGGGAUUGCUUCGAGCUGGGGCGACAAACGUAUUUGAACGGGGACUAUUAUCACACGGUGCUGUGGAUGCGCGAGGCAAUGGAUCGCCUUUCACAUGAAGUCAAUCGAACCACGACGAAAGCAGAUGUGCUGGAAUAUCUGGCGUUCUCCACUUUUAAGCAAGGUAAUGUUCAUACUGCCCUGCUCAUGACCAAUGAAUUGUUGGAGCUGGUACCGGAUCAUGAAAGAGCCGUUGGUAAUAAAGUUUAUUACGAAAAAGAAUUGGAAAAGGAAGCGAAGCAGAAAGCACUUCGGGGAGAUGAUGGAAGCGUAGAUGUCCCGGUGGAUACCACAACGAAGAUUCGUACUGCAAAAGAUAACCCCCACGUAUACGAUUCUUCGGAGCGAAAGCUCUACGAGCAGCUUUGCAGAGGAGAAGCCGAACGAUCCGUAACCGAAACAUCCAAACUGAGAUGUCGGUACGUCAUCAAUAAAUCACCUUUCCUCAAAAUUGCCCCACUAAAGCUGGAGGAAGCCAACUUGAAACCGUACAUUGUGAUCUAUCAUGACGUUAUGUCAGACGCGGAAAUGGAAGUAGUGAAACGAUUGGCCAAACCAAGGUUCCGGCGAGCGACCGUGCAAAACUACAAAACCGGCGAGUUGGAAGUGGCAAACUACCGCAUUAGUAAAUCUGCGUGGUUGAAAGACCAAGAACACCCCUACAUAAAGGCAAUCGGAGAGCGGGUAGAGGACAUGACUGGGCUCACGAUGAGCACGGCAGAAGAACUGCAGGUGGUGAACUAUGGCAUCGGUGGUCACUACGAGCCGCAUUUCGAUUUCGCCAGGAGAGAGGAGACGAAUGCCUUCAAGAGUCUAGGAACGGGAAACCGCAUUGCUACGGUUUUAUUCUACAUGAGUGAAGUGACGCAGGGCGGAGCAACAGUAUUUCCCAGCCUUCGAUUGGCACUGUGGCCCAAAAAAGGGGCUGCGGCUUUCUGGUUUAACUUACAUGCUUCAGGCCAAGGGGAUUAUUCCACGCGACACGCCGCGUGUCCUGUUCUCACGGGAACGAAAUGGGUUUCAAACAAAUGGAUUCACGAGCGCGGUCAAGAGUUCCGGAGGCCGUGCGAGCUGAAGCCGGACCACCCAGAAGAGUUUUGACAGCACAUAGUGUACGAUGACGAAUUAGACGAACUGAAUGAUGAUUUAGAGGAAAUGGACGGGUUCACUUGAACUUGGUUCCCAUACUAGUUGCCAUGACGUUGGUUUCUUCCCAGUGCGAAGGAAUGAAUUUUACCAAAAUAGUUUUUUAGGAUUUCAGAGAUUUUAUAGCUAUAUUUAAGAAAAGAAAAACACCAAAAUUAAAACUUUUGUAUUUUGCAUUUAUACACUUGAUCCAUGAGAGAUUUCAGUUCCAACUUAUUUUCAACGGUUUUUUUUAAAUAGAACAUUUAUUAAACAUGCGUUUGCGAGCAGAAAUCUGCUUUCAUGAAAUACUAUGUACUUCACGUUACAGUUAAUUCAAAUGGUUCAAAUAAAUAAAUUUCAUAAAA